AUGUUAGGUGGCCUCCUAUCUGCACAUUAUCUUGCUACUGUGCUACCCGGUGUCUCUUCGCGACGAGAUAGCGUGUAUCUGACCAAGGCUGUGGAUCUAGCCGACCGGCUGCUUGGAGCAUACGAUUCGCCAUCUGCCGAAGCGACAACACUGCAACUCGAGAUGAAGUAUCUAUCGAACGUCACUGGCAACGGGAUAUACUGGCGCAAAGCUGAAAGGGUCAUGGAGGUUGUCGACAGUGUCAACGUGCACGAUGGGUUAGUGCCUAUCUUCAUUACGCCCGAUUCAGGUCAGUUUACAACACGAGAGAUACGUCUAGGAAGUCGAGGCGACUCAUAUUAUGAGUACCUCAUCAAGCAGUACCUGCAGACCUCCGAGCCGAUCUACCUCCAGAUGUGGGAGGAGGCUUUGACAGGCAUCCAGAAACAUCUCAUCAUCCCUACCAAGCAUGCAAAGCUCAGCAUCGUCGCUGAAUUACCCAGCGGAAUCGGCGGCUCUUUGUCACCAAAGAUGGAUCAUCUCGUUUGCUUCCUUCCCGGUACCAUCGCACUCGGAGCAACAAACGGACUCACCGAAGCUGAAGCCCGCCGCCUACCCAGUUGGAACACCGAGAAGUCGCAACAAAUGGCAUUGGCAAGGGCGCUUACAAAGACCUGCUGGGGCAUGUACAAAGUGACCGACACCGGUAUAGCACCAGAAAUCGUCUGGUUCCGCGCAAGCGACGAGUCGUUGCGGUCUAGAAAAGGGAUGCCGCGCGCGCCCUUGGCGCGUAGCUCGGACUCCGAAGAGGUCUGGAAAAAAGACUUCAACAUCAAACCCGUUGAUGCGCAUAACCUCCAGCGACCCGAGACGGUAGAAAGUCUGUUCAUGAUGUGGCGCAUUACGAAAGAUCCUAUCUACCGAGAAUGGGGUUGGGAGAUAUUCCAAGCCUUCUUGGAAUACUCGACUGUUCCCCUAGGAGAGGGCUUCACGUCUCUCAACAAUGUGAAUGCUAUUCCGCCUCCGCGACGAGACAAUAUGGAAAGCUUCUGGCUGGCCGAAACGCUCAAGUAUCUAUACCUGCUCUUCUCGCCGGACGAUGUUCUUCCCCUCACUGAUGUAGUGUUCAACACCGAGGCGCAUGUGUUUCCUAGAAUGGGCAUGGGGAAGUUUAAGACAGGUUGGCAGCGCAAGCCCAGGAAGAGUGCGUGA